GGGUCUUUUACUCCCUGCAUUAACCCUAUAACUACCAGUGCAGCAAAAUAAACAGCAAUUUCACAAUGAUUAUAAAGUCUGUGCACUACACUAUACAUUCUUUAUUAUUAAACGAAGUGAUUAAAAUAACAACAGUAUACAUUAAUUGACACAUUCUUAGAAAAUAGUGGGUUCACAGCAAAUUAUCAAAACUAUUUCAGUAAGACAGUAAUAUAGUGCGUUACCUUGAAACCUAAAGCUGCACUAGGUAUAUGUCACAUAUUAGCACAAAACUUGUUAUUUUGUGUGGGAACAGGGGUGAAAGAGGGUUCCAAAGAGGGAGGGAGGAGAGAGGGCAGGUCAGCAUCCCAGUCUAUAAGAUUCACAGUCCUUAUACCCAGGUCCAUUGAAAUCUCACCCUCAGCCAUGUUGCAGUGGGCGGAGCUCCUCUCUGUGAUCUCACUAGCCAAAACAUUCUCCCUCGUGGCGGGCGCUGAUGCCGGCACUCACACCUGGUCUAACGAUAUCAGCAGCUGCGGCUCCGCGGCGAUCCUAAGCACUGCCACUGACCCCACCUUUUAGAAUAAAGCAACUAUUUUGACCCCAGAAUUCCACCACAAGUUUUUUAAGCCUGCAUGAGUCACAAAAACACAUCAUUCAUCCAUUCACUAAAUUAUCAGUGAAUUAAUGUUAAGGAACAACAUGCUUAAUACACUAAAAUCUUCGUCUCAUUUGAUAAACUAUGGUCAAAGAUCACCCAUUUAAUGUUUAUUUCAUGAUUGAUGAAACAAUGUAUGUUUAUACAUCUUCCUUAUUCAGAGUCACUUGGGUGGGGAUUGUUACUUCAUGAUAGUUCUUCAAAUCCGUGUUUAAAAUGUGUUGCAAUAGAAAGCAUCUUCUGCUUUUGUGAACGACUGCACUGUUGUGUGCUUCAGAAGUCAGAAAAUCUCUACUGAUUCUGAUCUAAAAGACCUUUAGAGAUGUCUGUAAUUCAGAUCACUUUCUUCACCAUCAUCAUCAGCGCUGUGUUACUACAUACUCACUCAGCUGAUUUCUACUCCGCUGUGAUGCCUCAGACAGUAACAACUCUGACAGGCUCUUGUGUACAAAUUCCUUGCAGAUUUAACAUCCCCAAUUUUGAGGACAAACAUAAGAGGGCACAAUCUAUUUAUGGGAUCUGGCUAAAAAGCAGAUCACAGAUGUUUGACCCAGACAGUUUUAUAGCUUUUAAUAGCAGUAAAAACAUCAUUAGAGGAUUCAGUGACAUACAGAUGACUGGAAAUCUCAGUGAGAAGAACUGCACCACUGUCUUCUAUAACAUCAUGAUGAAUCAUUCAGACCGCUAUUACUUCAGACUGGAAAUGGAGCCAGAUAUCUUCAGAGCAACAUUUAACCCCAAUUCAGCAACUGAUUCAAGCAAGACUGUGAGGAUCACUGUUAGAGAUUCACCACAGCCUCCUGAACUUAAACCCAAUGAUCUAUAUUAUGUAAUGGAGGGAACUACAGUCAAUCUGAGCUGCUCUGCUGAAGCCCCCUGCCCCAAACAACCUCCAACAAUAUCCUGGUCUAACAUCCCUGAAUCUGCCAACAUUAAAACACAGUUACAAGAGAAACCUGAUAAAACCCAGUCAGUGUUUUCAUAUGUGACCUUCAAAGCAUCAUACAUGGAUCACAGAAAGAACAUCUCCUGCACUGCUACAUAUCCAAGAAAUACAUCUAAUGACUCAACUGUGGAGACCACCACAAUGCUACUAGUCAUGUUUCCUCCAAAAGAAACACACAUCAUCACUUCAUCUAGUGCCGUGUCUAUUGGCACUAAUGUGACUUUGACCUGCAAAUGCAAAGCCAGUCCAUCCAAUGAUUUGACCUACACCUGGUACAAAUGUGGACAGGAGAUGCCAGUAUUUUGGGGGAAAACGAUUACCAUCACUAUAACUCAAAGUAAUACAGGACGGUAUUCCUGCAUUGCACAGAAUAAACAUGGCAGUCAAUCAUCAGCAGAUGUCCAGUUCGUAGCUAAGGGACAAGAUGGACUCAAUAUGCGUUUGAUUGUUGGUUGUGUGGGAGGAAUUGUGGCAGUGCUCACACUCUCUGCUGUAUUUUGUACCAGGACAAAAAUUUCUAAUAGGAAUAGGAAGAAACCAUCUGGUCAGGUUAAUAACAUAGAUGCUGAUUUUGUCAACACUGUCAGAGGCAUUAUGAUCAAUGAACAGAUCACUUCUGAUGAUGAAACACUAGUUAUUGUGUAUUAUGAAGAGACUGACAUAUCAAAGCGACAGAAUUAUUGUGCCACAGAAAAACUCUUCAACCAUGACGAAUACACAGAAAUAGAGUAUACGCUGUGUUAGGAUAUGUGCUCACGUAUAGGCCUAUAGUCGCUUUUUGAGGGAAAAAAAAGGAAUCCAAAUAAAAUAAUGUUACACUUUUUCUAAUAUUGAAACCAAAUAAAUUAAUGUAACAAACAAA